AUGGCAGCACGCGGCGAGGGCGCGGGCGCGGGCGACGGCCGGCGAGGGCCCGGGGGAUGGCGACGACGGGUGCGGGCGACGGCGACGGCGGGGGCGGCGGGCGGCGUCGAUGUGCUCGGCGUCGUCGGGGAGGCCGUUUUCGUGGCAAUAGUUGUCUUAUUUGCCAGAACCGCGCAUGGGGAGGAGAGAGCAUGGGAGCAUGACGUUCGGACUCAAGAGCACACGGAGCUGCUCGAUACAUGGCACAACCAUGUGAUCGAAACUGUCGAAGAAGGGUUCCGCAUGAAAGUCGGCGGCCUUUGCGAUGUCAUGGCUCCGCAGCGGGAGCCUGAAGACAAGGAGACGGUGCCGCCGGCCACCUGGAUCAAACCCACACUGAAGGGGCGAGGGAACGACAAGGUUACGUUAUGGUUCGCCAACGACAACCUCUACUUCCUCGCCUACAAUAAUUUGACGAACAAGCUCCAUACGUCAAAAGGGUACGAUGCCAUAUUUGUCGAGCCGUUUUAUCCACUUCCCUUUGGCCCAAGCUAUAGAAACCUCAUGGGAGUACACAAAGGACCCGACGGAAAGAACAUACCUUCCCAUAAGUUUCUAGUUGGCGUUCCACUUGGCAAAGAGUCGCUCCUCUCGUCCUACGACCCUACUUCAACUUCAACCCCCGUCGGCGACCUAAAAAUAGCAAUGGCCCAAAUUAUACUCAUGGGACCGGAAUCCUUACGAUUCCGUCCCGUACGCGACGCAUAUAUUCUGCAAUGGGGGAGGGGAGAAACAUACUUGACUGAGAAGGUGACAGAUUAUUUGGUUAAGUGGUCAGAGAUUAGUAAAGUAUUGGUGUGGUGGGAAUGGGCGGGCAGGAGAGAUUUUUGGGAUCCCAAGGAGGCUGGGGAGUUGGCCGAUGAACUUGACAUCGAGUCUCCGGAAGGGGCGCUCGGAUUAGUAGACUUACUACUUCGACCUGAGCCUAGAUGA